ACCGAUGCCGAAAUGUCUUCAUCUCGAGCGUAUGGACGUAAUUUGCCGUCAGCACCAUGGACUGGUGAAGAGGAUGAAUCUGGACCGAUUAUGGUUGCUCCCCCUCAAGGUGGUGCUGAAUUUCUUUCACAACAAGAACACAAAAUUCAAU